GAUAAGGAAAUGUGCCCGGUGUAUUUAUCAAAACUAAACCGGGACACAAUGAUUUUUCAUUUGAAAUUUUGGAUGAAAUCAAAAUGCAUGUGAACAUACGUAUAUUUACCGUACUGUCUGUUGCGUUAGCUGUUGCUAAGGGUUCUGACGUUGGUUGCACAUCCAUAUCAGGCACGUGUCAGGAAGACAAUUUACAUUGUUCCGGAAGUUACGUCAGUGGAUUGUGCUCAGGCCACGCCUCAAGGCGUUGCUGCGUUCCUUCAGGAAGUGGCGGAUGUUCAAACGUAAAUAUUAUAUCCCGAAGUCAGUGGGGAGCACGUCCACCGACACACGUGUCAUACAUCAGCACACCCGUGCACGAAUUUUUCAUACAUCACACAGAGUCUCCGUCGUGUAGCUCACAAAGUGAAUGUUCGACACGAGUAAGGGGAAUACAGAAUUAUCAUAUGGACAGUAGAGGAUGGAGCGAUAUAGGGUACAGUUUCUUAGUGGGUGAGGAUGGUAACGUGUAUGAGGGUCGGGGAUGGUCCCAUAUAGGUGCGCACACAGCUGGAUAUAACAGCAAGGCAUUCGCCGCCUCCAUGAUCGGCAGUUACAUGACCCAUCUUCCGAAUUCGAAGGCUUUAACCGCUGUGAAGAAUCUAAUCGCGUGCGGCGUUCAGCUCGGGAAAAUUGCCGGUGACUACAGACUGUACGGGCACCGCGAUGCUGGACAGACGGACUGUCCGGGAGAUGCCCUCUAUAAAGAGAUUCAAACAUGGCCGCACUAUAGUCACAGCCACCCCUAAAUGAUGUCUUUUAGAUAUGUAUCCAAUACCUGUUUUGAGUUUUGAUAGAUUAAAACUUUGCACUGA